AAAGAAAGUGGCGGCACUAUGGCUCUCCCUGUAUCCAACGAACCAUAUGAACAAGUCAACCAACAUGCUCUCCUACGGUGGGCAGUCCUACAGGCAGAGACUGGCGUGAACGCUGCCUUUUCAGUGGCGAGGCAUGCGCCUAGUGCUUCUUCUCGAGCGGCUUCGAGGCUGGAUCUGUCAUUGUCUUGCGAAGAUCCCAAUGCUCAUGCUUCCAUGGACGAUUUCGUGGAAGACCUGGCUACAAUAUCGGGAGCCAAUCUCAUCCGGCUCGAUGCCAAUGAUCUCGCCGACUUGAGCGCUGAUUAUGUUGGCCAAGGUUCUGACUCGCCUGGCUCGCUCUCUAAUCUCGCAUAUGACGUGUUUGGAGGCUACAAAUCUCCUACUACUCCUUCAGCUCGCCGCACCGAAGACGAAGACGAAGAGCCCCUCGACGAAGACGACAUGGACGAAGAAGAGGAUGAGCAGGAAGACCGCCGCAGCCGUAGCGGUAUGGGCAAUUCAGUUCCAUGGAGUCUGAACAGCAUUCGGAAGAGGCUCAUGAGCCGCCCCUACCAUUUUGCGCAAGAAUUGGAUAAAGUUGGGCCUGGGGACAUCAUCGUGGAGAUGGGACCGCGAUAUUCGAAGCCUUUCGGUCAGGUCACUUCGGUAAGUUCCCGGAAUGAUCCGGGCUACGACGAAGCUCGCUUGUGUAGCCUGCUUGACCAAAUCCUCGACGCGCCCAAGCAGAGCCGAGGUGGUAGCCUCCAGCGUAGGUCCAGCCUGCAUACAGCUGAAGCUGGCAAGGAAGGGGGCAUAGCCAAGUCCGAUGUCUCCUAUCAAGCUCUAUCGCGGAUGUGGCGAUCCAGUGCUGGUUGCUGGCUGCCUGACAUUGCUGGUCUUAUCGCGUCUCUAGUACUGAGAGCUUCCAAGCCAGACUCGCCACAUGGGUCAUCCUUGAUUCUGGAGCCAUCAGGUACCGAUUUGGGAAAUGUAUCAGCAAACGAUAGUACAGAGCGCACCAUUGUGCAUGUUCGCGACCUCCGUGACAUUGUUUGCUCGCGCGUCGGAGAAGGGAUCAUACGGCGACUUGUGUCCGUGGUCCAGAAGAGGCGUCGAGCAGGUCAACAGAUCGUAAUUGUCGGCUCAUCUUGCCAUCAGGUCUCUAACUUCGUUCUUGUACCGCAAGCUCUCGACGAUUUCAUUACUAUAUCUGUGCCAGCAGUGUUUCGCAUGUCGAAGCACGAUCAAGUCAAUUUCAAGCCCACAACGUCGGCAAUUGACAAUCCAGCAACGCCACCCUACAGUCGCAUCUUGGAGAUCAAUCUUCGUCACAUUCAGCGGAUGCUGAACAGCCUGCGUCCCGGGGACACCGUCGAUCUGUUUACUGCACCUGCCCAACGUCAACUUAGAGGUGCUGACGACGUCCUGAGCAAGGAGGUCAUGACCUUCGACAUGAUUCAACGCAUAGUGCUCACAGCCAUUGGACUCUCCGAAGUCCAUGCAGUUGCCGACCAUGUCAAUGCAAGCCACGUGGGACUUGCCACCACGAUUACCAGGCAAGCAGCACAGACCGAGCGUGACUGGACUGAGCACCAGCGUCUCAAAGAGACCCGAGGACCAGUUCCUGAUGGGGUCACCGGCUCAGAAGCAAGCAGCACAGCCUCGAAUAAGCCAUCUACCAUCGAAAAGAUAAAGAAAGACUUGGACAAAUACGAGAGUAAAUUGCUGCCUGGCGUCGUUGACGCUGAGAAUAUCAAGGCUGGUUUUGGCCAGGUUCACGCGCCCCUCGAGACAAUAGAGGCUCUGAAGACGCUCACAUCGUUGUCUCUGCUGCGGCCUGACGCCUUCAGAUAUGGUGUACUUGCUGCAGACAGACUGCCCGGUCUGAUGCUAUAUGGGCCACCAGGCACGGGUAAGACUUUGCUUGCCAAAGCUGUGGCCAAGGAAAGUGGCGCUACCGUGCUCGAGAUUAGUGGUGCCCAAAUCUACGAAAAGUACGUUGGCGAGGGCGAGAAAAUGGUACGAGCAGUAUUCAGCUUGGCGAAGAAAUUGUCGCCCUGCAUUGUCUUCAUCGACGAGGCAGAUGCCAUUUUUGGCAGUCGCAGUAAUGCUGGUAACAGAAACACGCAUCGUGAGAUAAUCAACCAGUUUCUGCGGGAGUGGGACGGGAUGGACAUGCACAAUGUAUUCAUCAUGGUUGCGAGCAAUCGUCCAUUCGAUCUUGAUGACGCAGUAUUGCGAAGACUGCCGCGAAGACUACUGGUUGACCUGCCGGUUGCCAAAGACCGAGAAUCUAUACUGAAGAUUCACCUCCACGAUGAGGUACUUGACGAGACUGUCGACCUGCCGAAGCUGGCCGUCGAUACACCGCUCUAUUCGGGAUCUGACCUCAAAAAUGUGUGCGUAUCGGCGGCCCUGGCCUGCGUGCGCGAGGAGAACGAGCUUGUGGAGAGCAAGAGGAAGGAGGGUGAAGAGUUCAAGCUUCCAGCGAAGCGGACGUUGUCCAGUCGCCACUUCGAGAUGGCGGUGAAGGAGAUAUCGGCCAGCAUCAGCGAAGAUAUGGGCUCUCUGACAGCUAUCAGGAAGUUCGAUGAGCAGUAUGGAGACCGGAGAAGUCGACGACGGAAGACGGCAUAUGGCUUCGGUAUUGGACCAGUUGACGUGGAUGACGCGCGGGUGCGGCAAUCAUCGACCGGCGGCGCAUCAGUGUGAUAGAGCAGGAGAGCAGCCUCCCAAGCCACGAGAUGAUAGAAUAUUAGACCUCAAUUCGCAGCAUCUCUGCUGACAGGCAG